GUCGUGUGUAUUUAUUUUGUCACUCUCUCUGUGUCAGUUUUUGAAGCUUAAAUAGUUAUAAUAAGUUGACAACAUGCAGAACGAAACUGGAGAGUUUGUGGAUAUGUACAUCCCAAGAAAAUGCUCUGCAAGUAACAGAAUUAUUGCUGCAAAGGACCAUGCUUCUAUCCAGAUCAACAUCGCUGAUGUGGAUCCCACCACUGGACGCAUGACUGGAUCCAACACAACAUAUGCCAUCUGUGGAAAUAUCAGGCGAAUGGGAGAAUCAGAUGACUCCUUGAUCAGACUGGCUAAAAGAGAUCACCUCAUAGCUCAGAACUUCUGAAGAUGUAGUGAAAUGUGUUACUUUUAAGAAUAAUAAACACUUACACAACAUCAAA